AUGGCUCAGGUUGGAGAUUUACUGGAUCAGGACCAGUUCAACUGCCCAGUCUGUCUGGAUCUACUGAAGGAUCCAGUGACUAUACCCUGCGGACACAGUUACUGUAUGAGCUGUAUUAAGGGCUGCUGGGAUCAGGAUGAUCAUACUGGUGUCUACAGCUGUCCUCAGUGCAGAGAGACCUUCACCCCAAGGCCUGUUCUGAAGAAAAACACCAUACUGGCUGACAUGGUGGAGAAACUGAAGAAUAUGCGACUCCAAGCUGCUCCUCCUGCUCACUGUUACGCUGGACCUGGAGACGUUUCAUGUGAUGUCUGCUCUGGAAGAAAACGCAAAGCCGUCAAAUCCUGUUUGGUGUGUCUGGCCUCUUACUGUGAAACUCACCUCAGAAUUCAUAAUGACCUCAAUCCAGGAAAGAGACACAAGCUGAUUGAUGCCACUGGACACCUUCAGGAGAAGAUCUGCUCUCAUCAUGACAAGCUGCUGGAGGUUUACUGUCAUACUGAUCAGCAGUGUAUCUGUUAUCUGUGUACAAUGCAUGAACACAGAGGCCAUGAUACAGUCUCAGCUGCAGCAGAAACGACUGAGAAACAGAGGGCUCUUCUGGAGCUACGGAAUGUAACACAAAAAAAGUUACAGCAGAGAAUCCAGGAGAGAGAGAAGGAGCUGCAGGAUCUGAGACAGGCUGUGGUGUCACUCACGCGCUCUGCACAGGCAGCAGUGGAGGACAGUGAGAGGAUCUUUACUGAGCUGAUCCGCUCCAUUAAGAGAAGGCGCUCUGAGGUGAAAGAGCUGAUCAGAGAUCAGGAGAAGGCUGCAGUGAGUCGGGCGGAAGGACUCCUGGAGCGACUGCAGCAGGAGAUUGCUGAGCUGAGGAGGAGAGACGCUGAGCUGGAGCAGCUUUCACACACAGAGGAUCACAUCCAUUUCCUCCAGAACUGUCAGUCUCUCUGUGCCUCUCCUGGACCUGGUCAGUUACCCAGCAUGACCUUCAAUCCACACCUCCCUUUUGAGGCUGUGAGGAAAUCUGUCUCUGAGCUGAAGGAGCGACUGGAGGACGUCUGUAAAGUGGAAUUUGUGAAGAUCUCUAAAACAGUGGAAGAAGUCCAUUUUGAGCAGGAAGCUACGCCAGGCUGGUCUUUUAUGAAAGGGGGAAAUAUUCUACAGAUCCCAGAACCCAGGACCAGAGAGGAGUUUUUACAAUAUUGCUGCCAGCUCACACUGGACCCCAACACAGCCAAUCGAGAGCUCCGGCUGUCUGACGGGAACAGAGUGGUGCAACGCGGUGGCACAGUGCAGUCAUAUCCUGAUCUCCCAGAGAGAUUUGACUGCUGGGGCCAAGUGCUGUGCAGAGAGGGUCUGUCUGGGUGCUGUUACUGGGAGGCUGAGUGGAGCGGGACCCAGGUGGAGAUGGCGCUCUGUUACAAGGGCAUCAGCAGGAAAGGGUGGGGCAAUGACUGCGGUCUGGGACGCAACGCCAAGUCCUGGAGCUUGCGCUGCUCUUCGUCCCGUUACUUCUUCUGGCACAAUAAUAAGAGCACUGACAUCCCUGUCCCUUCCCCCUCCUCCAGAAUAGGAGUGUACCUGGAUCACAGGGCAGGAACUCUGUCCUUCUACAGUGUCUCUGACACAGUGGCCCUCCUCCACAGAGUCCAGACCACAUUCACCGAGCCCCUCUAUCCUGGGGUUUGGCUGGCGUCCCGAUCUGCCAUAAUUCUCUACUUCGAGGGAUAAGAGGAGAUCUGUCAAAUGCAAAGGGGGUUGAAGUGUUGAAGGGAGGGAGUGUAAACAGAGUCGAGGCUUGGUAGGUUCCUGCCAUAGAUAUGGACGUUUAGCAAAGGGUUCUAUGUUUUGUUUAAUGUAAAAUUUGGUCAUCAGUAACACAAGUAGUGUAAGCUCCAUGUCAAAAGAAUCUGUAAUUUGUAAAGAGGUAGUAACUUUCUGUUGUCCGUUGAGCACCCUGUGCUAUACUGUGGAUGCCACGAGCGCUGACCUUUAAAUCACUGACUUAUUAAAUACAUUGAAGGUGAAGGGUCAUGGCACAUCCUUGACUUAACCAAAACUGUAGGAGCAGUUUGAGAAAAUGGUCACUGAAUUUCUUUGCCUUACCAUUGAGCUAAAAUGUAAAGAUAAAUAAACUGCCAAAGAUUUUUAGCCAUCUGUAGUGCAACAUUCUUACACAGGUUAGCAUACAACUCCUCAAAACAUAAGUCUAAUUGAUAGAAUGACUUCUACCUUAAGACAAAUGUUUUGACCUAAGCCUUCAGCAUAUGGUUUGCAUAGAGGCCUUGGACCCCUUACCAGCUUUGUGACUUGCUGUUUUUCCAGUUUUUCAUUUUACCACCUAAAUAUUUGUAAUUGUAGAAUUAUUUUUAGGAUUAUUAUAGUAAUCUUAGCC